AUGCGCACGACGAAGACGACGGCGGGGGGUUGCGGCGGCAGCGACCGGACGACGACGACGCGCAGAGCGUGCAGCCGCCGCCGGGGAAGUACUCGCGGCUCAUGGACAGCGGCGUGCGAGGCGAGGGAGGCGCCGCCCGCGCCGCCCGCGCAUCCCGCGCAUCCCCGACCCGGAUCGCUCUUCUUCUCGCUGUCGCUGCCGCUCCCCGCGCACGCGCUCCGGCACGUCCUCGCCGCGCACGGGUCGCUGACGUCGCUCGAGAUGCGCGACGACGACCGCGGCGGCGCGGCGACGUACGAAGAUCCGAACGACGCCGCGGCGGCGUGCGAGGCGUUGGACGGAACCGACGUGUUGGGGAUCGCGCUCAGGGUGUCGUCCGAGCCGAUCGCGGCGGAGGAGGAGGGCGAGAGAGAGGACGACGCGGACGAGGAUGGGGCGAAAAAUAAGGAGAAGGACGACGCGGGGGCGGGCUCGGACGGAGAGAGGGAGAAAGAGAGGACGAAACCUCCGGCGGCGGCGGCGGCGGCGGCGGCGGCGGCGGCGCAACCGAAGAAACGCGCGCGGCGAUAGAGAAACGACCGACGAAAAACAAAACAAAGCGCAACUUCGACUA